AGAGAAUCGUCCCCGUCGAGGCCAUAAAUGUUCAGAAAUUCUUCCCACGGCUUUGGCAUCGAUUUACGGCCGAAUUAUCUCUUUAUAUAAUCGGAACUUUUCAAUUGGAAUACUCGAAUUGGAUUCCCCAAAAUGGAUCUGAAUCCGCCUGCAGGGGAGAAUUAUGCUCAUCCAAAGAUAUGCUUUUUCCAUGUGCUUUUCAAGGGUGCAGCCCUGGCAUUUUAUAUCCUUUCAGCUCUGUUUAUUGACAAUUUUGUCAUCAUAUUUGUGGUCACUGUACUUCUAGCGGCGCUUGACUUUUGGGUGGUUAAGAAUGUAAGCGGACGCAUCUUAGUAGGCCUAAGGUGGUGGAACGAAAUAAAUGAUGAUGGUGAAAGUGUGUGGAGAUUUGAAUGCCUCGACCAAGAGUCAAUGGCUAGGAUGAACAAGAAGGAUUCAUGGCUUUUCUGGUGGACAUUAUACCUUACAGCGGUUGUGUGGAUCAUUUUUGCUAUAUUCUCUCUGAUCAGGCUUCAAGCUGACUAUCUUCUUGUUGUUGGUGUAUGCUUGACCCUUAGUAUUGCCAAUAUUGUCGGCUUUACUAAAUGCCGAAAAGAUGCUAAGAAGCAGCUUCAGGCAUUUGCUACACAGACACUGGCUUCGCGCGUCUCGUCGACGAUUCAGUCGGCAUUUAACGCUGUCUGAACAGUGAAUUUGUAGAGAGAGAGAGAGAGAUGCAUGGAAAUAUAUCCAUAUGAGGAAGGAGAAAGGGUAGACGAGAAGGAAUCAUAGUUGUAAUUUUGAAGCAUCAUUCCUUUUUUGGCAAUGUAGAGUAGAGAUGAUAGCAGUGGUGAUGUUAUUUGUAUAAAUGAAAAGUAGACAGGACAGAGAGGAAUUUGACCUUUUGUUUUGUUUUUUUUUUUUUUUUUUUUCUUUUUUUCUUCCCUAACUUUGUUUUAACACAUUCCUAUCUUUGUGGAUU